AUGGGCUUACCACUUUGGAAACCAAGAGAAAUAGAAGAUGAAGAGCUCAAUCAAUUGAAUAAAUUGGAAUUAAAGCGUUUGAAUGAUUCUCAGCAGUUAUCUCAACGACGGCAUCAUCAGCGCCUUCAUAAUAUCAGUUUUCGAUCGAAUAACAACACUAGCAAUUUAAAUGAGAUUUCUGCUCCGUUUCAGCCUCGUAUAAGGCCAAGAGUAUCAACAGCCAGAAGACAUAGUGCAGCAAGCGCAACAACAAUGGAAAGACGAGGAAGUUUACGGCCUGACCCAUCCUCCUCUGUUGAGGAAAGCUUUGCUGAAAGAAUGAGAAGGGCGGAAAGACAAAGAGCAGAAAGAAGAAUGGCAGCACGAUUGAGAAUAGCACAACAGGAGCGAAUGGAUAGAAGGUUAGCUGAGCAACAUAGAAGAGAGAGAGAGGCGGCAGCAGAAGCACUGCAAAAUACUAGGCCGCCAUCUCCAUUAACAGGGCGAGAUGUAUUCAGGCAACAAUUAGAUCAACGUUUACAACAGCGACUAUCCUACAAAGAGGAUCUUCUACAACAACUCAGAGCUACAAUUGCUUUGUUGGAUCAGUUUUUGUUAGCUGGAGCAGCAGUAGGAUCUGAAAUUGUAGUUCUACCAUCUUUCAUUUUGUCAGCGUUGCCUGAUGUAAUUGAAUCAGCUUGUUCUUUAGCAGACAUGACGACAGUUCUUCUUUCACCCAAUCGUGAGGUAACAGCAGCAACAGCAGAAGAAAGCAAUGAUUCUCUAGCGCUUCAUGAUAUGGUCAAUCGCUUGCUACAAAUUCCACCUUACUCGACUUUAAAUCAGAAUAUAGAUAAUAAUAUUCUUUCCGCCCAUCGGCGUAUUAGAGAGCAAUUAGAGCAAUUCGCUAACAUUGGGUUCAAUAUUUCUGCACGACAGCAAGACAACAAUAUUAAUCCUUAA